UUGGCGCCAGCUUUGUUGAAUUGUCAUGGAAACGAAAUUAACAUUUCCACUCAAAGAACAGAUCCUUAACCAAAUUAAUAGUGUUCCAUCGGACCCAUAUAUGAUUGCCAUAAGUCUGACCAGGAGUUAGGAGCUUUGAAUCAUGGAGGAAGCAGAGGAAACGCCAAUCUCCCGCACGGCCUAUGAAGUGCAAAGGGAUUUUGGCUUCAGCAGCGGGCUGCGUUCCGAAAUUAUUUGGGAUUCCUUAGCCCCUGAUCAGGGGGAUGUGCUCAAGCAGAAGAUAGAGAACCUCAUUCGCGAUGAUGACGCCCGAAGUGUCAGGGCAAUACAACGAAGGCGGGAUCAGCUCUUCCGGAAUAUUUGGCAGCAGCGUCGCUACACCAAUGGCACGCUUCUGUCCGCCAUCAUCUACGUGCUGGUCACGCCAGAUACAGACCCGGAAUCGGCCCUGCAGUCCACCAACUACAGCUGCCACCCAGUUUUCCGCACUCGUCGCUGCAUGAAGGGGGAGAACAGCGCCGCCUGCUGCAUGAUCUUUGUGGACGAAAAUGCCCGAGUGUACUCCAAUUGGGAGCAGUACGUCUUCCGGAACACCCUGCCCCAGGGCCUGAUGAUUGCGCCCAGUCAAGGAAUCUACACCUUUAGCGACGGCGAGGAGCCGGGCGUUCAGCUGAUGGUCCAUCCCACGCCUGCAGCGCGGGGCAGGUAUAGAUUACUCAAUGCGGGCGACAAAGUAGCCACUGUGGGUGGGCUGGUGGCCAGUGUACCGGCUGCAGCUGCUCUGGCGGUUCCCCUGGCUGCUCCCCUGGUGAUUGCCGCCACCGCAGUGGGCGUAGCCACCGGUGUCUACAGCACUCUGCGUUCGGCCUCCCAUCUUAUUGAUCGUCGCCGGCAUGGACAGUCCACCUGCAUUACGGAUGGAGAGGCGCGCUGCUCCUGGCUGGGCGUGGCAGGUGGCGUUGUGGGUCUGGGCGCCACUGGGGCUACGAAGGCCCUGGCAACGGCUGCCGGCGCAGGCUACAAGGUGAACCCCGCUGCCCAGUUGGCCGUGAAGGGCAUAAAUGGUGCCUCGGCGGUCAUUGCCGGCACCGGUGUGGUCAACGGUGUUUACGAUUUUUAUUUGAAAAUUGGCGAUGACCAAGCCAUUAACAGCUUGGAUAUGCUGCAAAUGGCCUCGCACCUGGUCAUCUUCACGCAUUCCAUUAAUAAUAUGCGCAUAGCUUCCAAGGCCACCAACGGCUCUUCCUUGAGGAAAGCUCUGCGCAAUCAAACUAGAAAAGUCUUCGAUCGCAUCUCCCAGGAAUCAGUUAAGCUGCACACUGACUCUGGCCAGUUUGAUAUUGUGCGCACGCUUAACGAGAUUCCCUUCAAGGAGGCUCUGCUCAGUCUUCACAAUAUCAACUCGCAUCUGACUCAGGGACUCACUGUGGCCACUACUUUGCUACCCCAAAUUUUGAGUGUGGGCAGUGGUGGCCAGGUGAUCGUCAAUCUGGAAAUGCUGGCUCAAAAGUUUGGCGGCAAGUUUGCCCAGCAUAUUGGUAACCUGGCCAGUUUUACGGACGUCCUAGAAGCCAUGGCCAGAUACUUUACGGAUCAGGCAGUGCAACUCCUCAUGCAGAUGACCCGCACUUUUGUGGAGGAGAACGUGGACUCUAUUGAUCGCACGCUGAACACAUUCGUAUCCACGGAGGCGGUUCUCUUUCGUAUUCUGAUGCACUGCGUCAACACCUUUGAUAAUUUUGCUGAGGAUUUCCUGCGAAGCCGCCGCGAGGAUAUCUUGCUGGUGGUGGCCAAGUACUUUCGCUCGCUGGAGCCGGUUGGCGACAAGAACUGCCGCAAGUACAAGUGCUCCGUUUGCAAAGGCGCUUACUACAUAAGUUCCAUAUAGGUUACUCCCGUGAUUGAAACAGAGGCUUUAUGUAAAGACAUUUAUGUUUGCAGGAUUUUAUCUGCUUUCAAGUGCAGGAAGAUGACUUUCCAAGUCCAAAAGCUAAAAUCUUAAUUGUUUAGUUUCUCAUCUCUCGAAAUUGUGAUACACAUUGCAACAUUUAUAUUAUGAUACUCAUAAUCUCUUUAUAGUUUACACCCCUACAUAAAAGAUCUUUAAUUGUUUUGAGGCUGAUGUGCUGUGAGAUUCUCUGCAAAAUAUUUGUAUUUAAUUGCCUUUAUAACCUUUAUAAAAACUAAUUUUAUUCCGAUCAAGA